UGGACAGAUUACCUGGUCAUAUAAAGGAGGGCUUAAAUGAAGAAAUUGUUUCAAAGUGUGAUUAAUGAAGAAAAGUCAUGUUAUAAGUUGAAAUUUGUUGAUAAAAAGCCAAAGCUGUUAAAUUCAUGUAAAGGUAGUGUCUCCGUUGUGACUCACUUACAGUGGAAACACAAAAAACCUGCAACAAAAUAAACUUUCAAAUACUAUGUAUUCCAGCAAAAUUUCAGUGAUUUUGUUAUUUUCUAUUUUAACAUUUUCAACGAAUAUCGACGGAUUUCUCCUUGAACCGGACCAAACAUCGAAUCCUGGAGUAAAUAAUCAAUGUAUUUCGAUGGAUACAUGUAUGUAUAUAGCGGAAAAGAAGGAAUUAAGAAACCAGAUGUAUCAGUUUCAAAUCGAAAACGAAAAAAGUUUACAAAUACUGACAAAUCAGAUACAACAUAAGUUUUCUGCUAUGGAUGACAAACUACAAAAAUAUACGACACCUAAUGUUACAAUAGAACAUGAGACGUUAGAGCAGAAAUAUCGUGAAUUGGAAUUAAACUUUACUUUACUCCAGCAAAACAAUCGAUUGCUACAAGGCAGCUACGUUAACCAAAAAGAAGAACUGGCAUUAUUGAAAAACACAACAUACGAGGUACUCAAAGAACUGUCCGAACUGAAGCAGAUGAAAAGUGUUGCGCAAGUUUUAGACUUGCAUGAUGUGCAAAGCGAAAUUCAAUCACUUAAACAAAAAUCUAAUGCAAUGAUGAUUAAUCAGAAUGCUAGAAGCCAGGACUUUCUUGCUUUAUAUAAUAUGACUCGAAUAGUGGAAAACAAUGUUAAUCAAAUGAGAAAAAACUUUACAACUCAGAUUAUAAGUCAGGGAAUUAUACUAAACGCAAUAACAGCAAGAAAUUUAAAUAAUUUAAGCAAAAGAUUUCAUGACAUUGAAUCGAAGCAAAAUAUUUCUUUCGUUAAUGUCGCAUCAAAAAUUACUAGGCUCGAAGGAAAAGUUUCAAACAACAGCCGACAAGUGGCAGUAACUGCUUGUGCAUCAGCAUAUGGAACGUUUUCUGACAAUGUAUUAAAAUUUCAAACCGUGAAAUUAGAAAAAGGAAUAAGUUAG